GGUAGGUGAGGAGUAGUAGGCGGAGUUUGAUUCUGAGCACCUUCUACGGGCAUCCAUUUUGCGCGUCAUUGUCGAGAUUCCGCGUCAGGUGUGAAGAAUAGGAACAAAACAAAAAAAAAAACACGCCAAACAAGUUCACAUCUACUUAUUUGGUACUUUGCAUUAAGCAUCUGCAACAACUGUUGCCUCCCCCCGCACACGCCCAUAGGAACGAAGCACAUAACCACACAACACACUUUAAAGGACACGCUCCCCCACCAUGUCGACCGCCCUCAUUGACGUCGACUCCAUGGAGCCGUCGCUCCAGUCCAUUCUCGACCAAAAGUCCCUGCGAUGGAUCUUUGUGGGCGGCAAGGGAGGCGUGGGCAAGACGACGACGUCGUGCUCCCUGGCCAUCCAGCUCGCCAAGGUGCGCCGCAGCGUCCUGCUAAUCUCGACCGACCCGGCCCACAACCUGUCGGACGCCUUUUCGCAAAAGUUUGGCAAGGAGGCUCGCCUGAUCGAUGGCUUCACCAACCUCAGCGCCAUGGAGAUCGACCCCAACGGUAGCAUGCAGGACCUGCUGGCGGGCCAGGGCGCCGACGAGGGUGGUGCGGCCGCCGACGGCAUGGCCGGCAUGGGUGGCAUGAUGCAGGACCUGGCCUUUGCUAUCCCAGGAAUAGACGAGGCCAUGUCAUUCGCCGAGGUCCUCAAGCAGGUCAAGUCACUAUCGUACGAGACCAUCAUCUUCGACACGGCACCUACAGGCCACACCCUUCGCUUCCUGCAGUUCCCGUCCGUCCUCGAAAAAGCCCUGGCCAAGGUCUCGCAGCUGUCGUCGCAGUACGGCCCCCUGCUCAACGGUUUUCUCGGCGGCCAGGGCCAACUGCCUAACGGCCAGUCGCUGCCCGAAAUGAUGGAGAAGCUGGAGCAGCUGCGCGAGACCAUCUCCGAGGUCAACACGCAGUUCAAGGACGAGAACCUGACGACUUUUGUGUGCGUGUGCAUCGCCGAAUUCCUGUCCCUGUACGAGACGGAGCGCAUGAUCCAGGAGCUGGCCAGCUACAACAUCGACACUCACUGCAUCGUCGUCAACCAACUCCUCUUCCCCAAGAAGGGCAGCAAGUGUGACCACUGCGACGCCAGGCGCCGCAUGCAAAAGAAGUACCUCGACCAGAUCGAGGAGCUCUACGACGAGUUCAACGUCGUCAAAAUGCCCAUGCUUAUCGAGGAGGUUAGGGGUAAGGAGAAGUUGGAGAAGUUUAGCGAGAUGCUGGUCAAGCCUUAUGUGCCCCCUGAGGCAGACGAGUAGAGAAAUUGAAUCUAAGGAGGGUAUUGGUGUAUCUAGGUUAGAUAUCAAGGGUAAUAUUACAUCGGGUCAAUGGGCGCUUUGCGGUGGAGCUUCAAGUGUAAUGCUUAGUCGCCCAUUGACAUAAAAAUUCGGUUUACAACAUAGAACAAACAAAUCAGGCGCGGAGUUGGAAGGGUAGGGAGAUGGAUACCAAAGGUUGAAUUUUAGAACUAUGCUAUCUAAUGUCUCGCUCAUUGCCCAGCUAUCUUCCUCCCCAAAGAGACAUGUUGGGCGCUUUCGCCAUAUAAUGCCUGUCACAAAAUAUGCAAACUUAAGAGAUUUUUGCC